UUAAAUUUACCUGUUCCCUUAUACACAUACAUAUAUGUAUGUAUAUUUAACUUUAGUAGCACAUUUUUUUGUUGUUUGCAUUUAGUUGCUGUUGAACAAACGAAACGCGUGCAACUUACCGCGGUGCAGAGGGUCAAACAAAAUCAUUAAUAUUUCUAUUUUUUCCGUGCAAGUGUGUGUGUGUGUGCAAGUGUGGCGCCAAAUUCGAAAUAAACAAAUAAAAAAUAAAUAUUGGCGAGAAAUACGCGCUACUCUUAUGAUAGUUGUGCUGCCGCCCCAAUUUCCCAUAGAACCCCCUUGAGAAUCGCAUCCCGAACAGUAGUGUAGAGUGCUUCUACAGUGCGUGGCAAAUAACUCAUGGCCGCUAGCAAAUUGUCAGCAACAACAACAACAACAGCAGCAGUAGCAGCAACGUUGAAGCAUCAAACACCAUUCGAUGGCAUUUGUGCAAAAAUCUCAGCGUUUUACUUCGACUUGGAUAAUACACUAAUCCCCACGCGGGCCGGUGACUCAAAAGCAAUACGUAAGCUUGCCGACGUGCUGGAAACGCAGUAUAGCUUUACCAAAGAUGAUGCCAACUUGGCCACACAGAACUUCCUAAAGUCCUUCCGUCGCUGUCCGGACAACUCGCAGACCUCGCUGGACUCGUGGCGCACGCAUUUGUGGCGCGAAUCGUUGCAACAGAAGCACAAACAUCUUGCCGAUGACAUCUAUCCGCAGUGGCUAAAGCUACGCUAUCGCUAUUUAGCUGUUCCCCCCGAUUAUGUCCAACUCUUGCAGCGCAUGCGACGAGCCGGCUACGCCUUGGCACUCAUCACAAAUGGACCAUCGAAUGCCCAGUGGGAGAAGGUCGCCAAGUUGCAUGUGCGGGGUUAUUUCGAUUGUGUGCUCGUCUCCUCGGAUCUGCCGUGGGAGAAACCGCAUCCGGAGAUAUUCUAUGCCGCCUGCAAUUUCCUCAAUGUGAAACCGCACGAAUGCGCCAUGAUUGGCGACAAACUUGAGACGGAUAUCAAGGGCGGUCACCUGGCACAGUUGGGUCUGACAUUCUGGACGCCGUUGAACAGCAGCAGCGCAGCGCAGUGUCUCGACGAUGUGGAGUACAAGCCGCACAUCAAGCUGAACAAUCUGCUCGAGAUGUACAAAUAUUUCCCCCGACUGAGCGCAGUUGGCUCGCUGUCAUCAUCGUCAAUGGCAUCAUCGAGUGGAGGUGCAAAUGGGGCAUCGACAACCUCAGCGAAUCAUCGUCGUGGCAGCCACAUGAGCUCAAGUCCCAGCGGAAGUUGUGAUCAUGCAACCACACGACAGCUGCAGCAGCAACAUCAACUGCAACAGCAGCAGCAACACCAACAUCAACUGCAACAUCAUCAACAUCAUGGAACAUAUCCACGUCAAUGGGCUUAUAGACGAGGCGGUUCACUGCCAGCGAUGGAUUGUUCCAAUAGCGAGACAGAAAAUAGCUGCGAUAGUUUUAUCUAAACAGUGAAAUAGCAGUCGACGAAAUCUAAAUGAUGUACCUACAGUUUACAAAAAAUAUACUAAACACAGCAGAUGAAACACAGAGAGAGCAAAAAGCCAGAAACAGAUUGCAAACAUAAUGACAAAGCUAUAUCUCUCUCUAUAUAUAUAUAUAUAUAUUGAAAACGUAAUGCAGGAAUUUUAAAGUUCAACUACAAGCAAAGGAAUAGAGGAAACGGAAGAGGAAGAGGAGGAGAAAAGGAGUUUUAGAAGUUGGAGCAACAAGCAUGUUGAAUCUCGAUAUCUGCCAUAAAAAAUACUGAAACAUAGUUUAUAAGAGCAACUUUCCUAGCCAGCAGAAGAAAACAGAAGAACAAGCACAACCCAAGACACAACCUAAGCAAAAAAAAAACUUCCCCCCCCCACACAACAAUUACCUUAAAAUAUACACACACUAUAUGGUAUAUUUGUAUACAUUUAGUAUAUAUCGAUAUUUUUGUAUGAGCUGAGAUGAUUAAUAUACUAAACAGCAGAACUCAACACAACUUGAAUGAAACUUGUUAACUAUUGUCGUAGGAUCGUCUAUAUAGAGAAAAAAAAAACACACACAUAGCUACCACAUAAAACUAUAUAUAUAGUAUAUAGUAUAUAUAUUUACGUAUAUAUUUAUACAUAUAUACACAUUGUUGUUGUUGUU